AUGACUCCCCCAUCCUACCCCCUGCCCUCAGAGCGACCCGCUGAUAACUUCCUGGCCUCUCGUCCCGCCGAGUCCAUCCUCCAGGACGUCUAUGGUUUGAACCUGGGUCGUGCUCCACAUCCAAACUUACCCAGUCCUUCUCAGGACGCCCCAGCUCCAGGUGUUCCCCCAAAACCUCCGGGCGCCAUCGUGGACCGGCUCCGGAAGCUGGGGUUCCAGAAGGUUCUGCAGAGCAAUUCCAGACCUGACUCCACCUUUGUGUCGACGGGAGGCGGGAGUUUACUGGACGGACUGAGGAGAAACCAGAGCCUCCCGGCACUCAUCGGAGCCAAAGGAAAAUCUUCAUCGACUCAUCCACAACCGCCCACCUCCCUCGCCAUCGCUGCCCCGCCCACCUCCCUCGCCAUCGCUGCCCCGCCCACCUCCCUCGCCAUCGCUGCCCCGCCCACCUCCCUCGCCAUCGCUGCCCCGCCCACCUCCCUCGCCAUCGCUGCCCCGCCCACCUCCCUCGCCAUCGCUGCCCCGCCCUGGGGCAACCUGAAGGACCAGAGGCAGCCUCUUGUGGCUCCACCUGUUCCCACAACCAAGUCCUGA